GUGUCGGCCCACUCGAGCCAAGUGAUUAGUUACCGUAUGGAAAUUGGAAAGAACUAAAGUGGGAAGCAAGGAGGAAAAGGAAAAUACCGGCGAAGAACUGGCUGUUUCUUGGAUCGUGAUUCGUUAACACUCCACUCUACUUUUACUUUCAGAGAUUUGUGUCCCAGAGGAUUCAAAGAUCAUCAGCUGCUCAAAGAUCUGUUCUUUUUUGUUUCCCGCUUAUGGCGAAACUUCAGUCUCGCCCCGGCUUAAUUUUCCCGUCAACUCGGCGUAGCCUCUGUUGAGAUCGACGGAGUGACGGAACAGAGAAGGACGGGAUGAUGGGUGGCUUUUCAAUGGGUUCAGCUUUCUAUUCGAAGUCGGGGCUGAUGAUAAUGGCGGCGCUUUUGUUAAUGGCGGGCUCUUUUUACUUUGGCACUCUUUUGGGAAACAAUGCGCCAAUUUAUGUCUCUCAGCUCACCUCCAAUUCGUCUUCGUCCUCGUCUCUCUCUGUCCCUGGAAGCUCCACAUUUACAAACAAAGUUGCUCUUGCGUUCCGAGAAACGCCAUUGACUAUUCCAGAAAGUGGGGUGAAUGUUUGCCCACUGAAGUUCAACGAGUACAUACCAUGCCAUGACAUUGCCUACGUUCACACUUUGCUCCGAAGCUUGAAUGUUUCCAGAAGAGAGGAACUUGAACGACAUUGCCCUCCACCUGAGAAGCGGCUAUUCUGCUUAGUACCACCGCCAGAAGACUAUAGGUUACCUAUAAAAUGGCCAAUCAGUCGAGAUUAUGUAUGGCGAAGCAAUGUGAAUCAUACACAUCUUGCUGAGGUGAAAGGAGGACAGAAUUGGGUUCACGAGAAGGAUCAGCUCUGGUGGUUCCCUGGUGGUGGCACUCAUUUCAAGCAUGGUGCACCCGAGUAUAUACAGAGGUUGGGAAAUAUGACCACUAAUGAAACGGGUGAUCUACGUUCUGCUGGAGUCUUCCAAGUUCUGGAUGUUGGCUGUGGUGUUGCCAGCUUCUCAGCUUAUCUUCUUCCCCUAGAUAUUCAUACCAUGUCAUUUGCACCCAAAGACGGUCACGAGAAUCAGAUUCAAUUUGCUCUAGAGAGAGGAAUUGGUGCCAUGAUAUCUGCCAUAGCUACAAAGCAACUGCCAUAUCCACCUAAUUCUUUUGAGAUGGUUCAUUGUUCGAGAUGCCGUGUUGAUUGGCAUGAGAAUGAUGGCAUCUUACUGAAAGAAGUUAACCGUAUUCUGCGCUACAAUGGAUAUUUUAUCUAUUCAGCUCCACCUGCAUACAGAAAGGAUAAGGAUUUCCCAUUGAUCUGGGAUAAGUUGGUGAGUCUGACAUCAGCAAUGUGCUGGAAGCUCAUAGCUCGAAAAGUUCAGACCGCUGUAUGGAUUAAACAGGAAGAUGAUGCUUGCCUCCAGCAAAAUGCCGAGGCAAAACUCAUAGAUAUAUGUGAUUCAGUUGAUAAUUUAAAAUCUUCAUGGAACACGCCAUUAAGAAGCUGUGUUACAACCCAUGCAUCAACGGAUUCACAACAGUUACCUCCUAGACCGCAACGUCUUUCGGUUUAUUCACAGAGUCUAAGCAGAAUAGAUAUUAGCAUUGAAGAAUUCACUGAAGAUUCCCAGUUUUUGGCAACAUCAAGUUCGUAAUUAUUGGAAGCUGAUGAAGGUACCGGGGACAGAGAUAAGAAACAUCAUGGAUAUGAAUGCAUAUCUAGGCGGAUUCUCUGCCGCUUUAAGCAAAAGGCCUGUUUGGGUGAUGAAUGUAGUCCCUAUGACCAUGAAUAAUACUUUGACAGCAAUAUAUGACCGUGGAUUAUUGGGUGUCUUCCAUGACUGGUAAGAUCACUCAAUAGUUGUAUAGAUUGUUGAACUUUCAUUAGUGCUUUGGCACACUGAAACACUGAUCAGGCAUGCAUCCUUCAAACGUCAGGUGCGAGCCAUUCUCUACGUAUCCACGUACAUAUGACUUACUGCAUGCGGACCAUCUACUCAGUCACUAUAUGAACCACGGAGAAAGUUGUAGAGUAGAAGAUAUAAUGCUGGAGAUGGAUCGUAUGUUACGCCCUCAGGUUUGUUUGAUCAAAGCUCUGAUGUAUAUGAUGACAUUCCUGGUUUUGAUCAUAGCCUCCGUACCUACUCGAAUGUAUUUUGGUUCUUUGCUCUGCAGGGAUUUGUGAUUGUUAGAGACGAUGAAUCAAUCACAUCGAGGAUACGCGAUUUGGCUCCAAAGUUUUUGUGGGAAGUCGAAUCACACAGUCUGCAGAACAAGGCAAAGAAUGAUGAAACUGUGCUGAUCUGCAGGAAGAAGUUUUGGUCGAUUGUUUGAGGAAACGUUCUUCACCGGCGAGAUCUGCCAGCAAACUAUCUAUACACGUUUCCGGAGAAUUUUAGCAUAGGACAGGUUUUCCAGCGGUUGGAUUCUGUUGUCUUUUUCUUUUUCUCUGCCCUAGUAUUAUGUCCAUAUGCUUCUGUGUAUUAUGCAACUCUGUAGAUCAAAACAGUUGAGUUGAUGUAUAAGCAAUCUUGCUUAGAGCUUAGGCAAUACCAUUUCUUUUAACUGUUAGUACAAGUCUACUACUGUCUGUUCAUAACGAUGCUACCCUAAAAUUCAUCCGAAUUUCAUGUCAAUCGAGACAAACUUGAACGCAGCAGUGUACACAGAUAACAUACUAUUUGGUCCAUCCUACUGUGCCCGUUUCUGUACUUUUUGGUUGAUAAUUAGCAGUCUCGACGCAUGUUGGGUUAAUACUCCGUGGGAUCGAUACCCAUGUGUUGUUUCCAAGUGCUGUUUAGGCUUACAAACUCGUUAUCAAGUGUCUUCCAAGUAGCGAGUCGUCAUUUUACAAAGAACUUUCUUUUUGCUUACUUCUAAACAUACUUUCCAAGUCACAGCUCCACUUCCGUUCUCCCUUCAUCCUCUUCCUCGGUAAGCAAAGAAUAAGAAUCUAAGCCAUUGUUCCCCAAAUUUCAUUACUUUCCCACAUAUUUCCCCACUAUGGCUCCUGUUGUGUUUUGACCUGAAGAUGGCAAACUAACAAAAAUAUGCUUAAGAA